AUUAAAUGUUUGCUGCGCGUCCUCCUGAAGGAGUUGCUUAUAAACGUGUACAAUUGUACAGCUGGGUCUGAAUUGCUAUGUCUUCUGAGAAAGAAGUCCACGGGCUAAAUAAUUAUGGAUAUAUUAAUGAAGACGAAUUCACUCACCAAACCAGUACAUUGGAGAAGAUUGAGGAUAGCAGAUUGUCUUCAUCGAAGGAGAACGGGAACAAGAUGACAUAUUAUGUCACUGAUGUUCCUCCUUGGUAUUUAUGCAUACUUCUUGGCACUCAGCAUUAUCUGACUGCUUUGGGCGGUAUUGUAGCCAUCCCUCUCCUUCUGUCUCGGGAGCUCUGUUUACAACAUGACCACAUCACACAGAGCAAGCUUAUCAGCACCAUCUUCUUUGUCUCAGGAAUGUGCACACUGCUUCAAGUUCUUUUUGGGGUCAGGUUGCCAAUUCUUCAAGGAGGGACAUUUGCUUUCCUAACUCCGACCUUAGCCAUGCUGUCUUUGCCUCAAUAUAAAUGUCCAGAGUGGACCUACAACAAGACACUAGUCAAUGUCAGUGAUCCAAUCUUUAUUGAAGUUUGGCAGACACGCAUACGUGAGAUCCAGGGAGCAGUCAUGGUGGCAGCCUGUUUCCAAAUAGUUGUGGGAUUUUCUGGUUUAAUUGGAAUUUUAAUGCAGUACAUUGGCCCUUUAACAAUUGCUCCAACCAUCUCUCUGAUUGGAUUGGCCUUAUUUGAUUCAGUUGGAAACGAUGCAGGGAGCCACUGGGGCAUUUCAGGCAUGACUGCAAGCUUCAUCAUAAUAUUCUCCCAGUAUUUGCGAAAUGUGCCAGUACCUCUUCCUGCUUUUAAUAGGAGUAAAAAGUGUCAUAUUUAUUGGAUUAACAUAUUCCAGAUAUUUCCGGUACUUCUAGGAAUUGCAGUUUCAUGGAUUAUUAGUGUUCUACUGACGUAUUUUAAUGUGUUUCCUGAUGACCCUGAUGCUUAUGGAUAUUAUGCAAGAACGGACAUAAAGAGUGACGUUAUCAUGCAUGCUGAUUGGUUUCGGAUCCCAUACCCUGGGCAGUGGGGAUUACCAACAGUAAGCCUUGGUGGUACUUUUGGAAUUCUGGCUGGAGUGAUCUCGUCAAUGAUCGAGUCUGUUGGAGAUUAUCAUGCCUGUGCUCGGCUUUGUGGUGCGCCACCUCCUCCGAAAGAAGCCAUAAACCGAGGGAUUGGCAUCGAGGGAAUCGGUUGUCUGUUUGCUGGAGCCUGGGGAACAGGAAAUGGAACAACGUCCUACAGUGAGAAUGUUGGUGCUCUGGGGAUUACAAAGGUGGGAAGUCGCAGAGUUAUACUUUUCAGUGGAUGCUUAAUGCUUCUUGUGGGACUGUUUGUAAAAAUUGGAGCAAUUUUCAGUACCAUCCCACAGCCAAUAAUCGGUGGAAUGCUGUUGGUGAUGUUUGGAGUCAUUACAGCUAUUGGGAUUUCAAAUUUGCAGUUUGUAGAUAUGAAUUCAUCAAGAAAUAUAUUUAUUUUUGGAUUUUCCAUGUUUUCUGGCAUGGUUAUUCCCAACUGGAUGAAUAAAUACCCACUUGCUAUUCAAACAGGAGUACUUCCAUUAGAUCAAGUCAUUCGUGUCCUUUUAACCACCAGUAUGUUUGUUGGUGGAUUUUUUGGAUUUUUUCUGGAUAAUACUCUACCAGGUACAGAGAAAGAACGUGGGUUAAUCGCAUGGAAAGAAAAUAACUUUGAAGAUGAUGACAAAGGAGCAAAUGAGAGUGGCUGCUACAAUUUACCUUUUGGAAUUGGCACAAAAUGUUGCACUGGAGCCUGGAGAAGAUACGUCCCUUUCUGCCCACAGCCAAAACCCCCUGAGAAAAGGGUGGAAGUGAAGACUCAGGAAAUUCUUAACGAGACUCUAUUUUAACAACAUUGGGUAAACUCUGAAUAGACCAUUCUCACAUCAGACUUUGCCAAAAAUAGAAUAAAUAUGUUCAUUUCAUGUUUCUCCGAGACUGAUUUUCAAUUUCCACUGUAACAAAGAUAUGCUGGAAAAGAUGUUGAGAAUAUAUUGGGGUGAGGGCUAGAGGAUCCUUCCUACAAAAUUACAAAUGGUUAUGAGAGAAUAUUACUGUCAUAUCUUUGGAAAAUAUAUUAUACUUUCAUUGAGUUCA